CCGGCGUCCGUGUUCCGCCCGCUAGGGCUGCAAGAGGCUGGGGUUCGCUGGCGUCCGCGGCGGGGAACGCUGGCUCGUGCUGCCGCCAGGCGUCAGGGCACCGGGCCUCGGGCUUGCUGCUGGCCGCGGGGGUGCCCAUGCCCUGGUCUCCGUGGCCCUGGGCGUUCUUAGUUAUUUUCUUCAAAAAAAAUUUGUAUUCCUGGGACCCCACCUAUGGGAUUUCCCCACCUAUCCGCUCUCCUUUUCUUUUUCCGUGCUUAACGUUUGCUCUGUGCUUCCUCGAUUAUUCCUGUUUUUCCUUGGCCUCUCUCACGUUCCUUUAUUUCCCCUUACCGCCUGUCCUCCCUAAGGCUGCAGAGAGGUCUGCAUUACCCCGUCUCCAGCCUGGCUGAACAGCCUUCAUGACUACAUGCUCUCCUCCCUUUACUUUUUAAACAUUUUUUCCCUUCUUGCUUCAUGUGAUUCCUUUUUCUAGUUUUAAUUAUUGUGAGCGUUUUUGUGAGGCCGAAGUCAGUUCUCAGGCUAAUCUCUGAAGGUAGAUCCCAUGAUUUAUUUACUGAAGGUGAUCUCUUCUUAAGCUCAGUGAAGCCACCAGAUGCGGGAGUGUUUGCUGGUCCACAGCUCAGAUAAGCGUCUCCAUCCAUGAUAUAGCUAUCCUCGUGACAGGCUCCGGAGACCUGCCCAGUCCUAGAGCCAGCCCUAGAGGUGUUUCCUCUCAUCUCCAAGAAGGGGCUAAUGUCUGUCAUGUAGUAAGUGCUUAAUACAUAUUUUCCGAACACUUAAAUAAAUGUUGAGACUUCAUUUGGUCUAGUUUAGGUGAUUCCCUGGUGGUAUCCAAACUGCUGGGCUUCCCCAGUAUCCCUUUUGUCUGGUAGAGAAACGUUUGCCCGUGAAUCAGGACACACCCACUGUGUUGGGACUCGGUGCACGGCUGGAGCUGAUGUGGGCUGAAAUGGGUCACCUCAGGAGUGAGUCCCCUUACUCUGGACACUGGUCACGGUCCAUGUUGAUUGUGAAACAGUCACGGACUGAGUUGUCAAUCUUUUUUCACAGCCCCCUGUGACUUCUCAGUUUAUAGCUCUCUGGCUUGACAGCGGUAUUGACUUUGGCUACAACUUUGGAUAUCCCUCUUUGCCUUGAGGAUUAAAACACCUGGAAAUACUGACCAGACCCCAAGGCUAAUAUUUUUUGUUCAUCAAGGUGACAGAAGGCUAGAUCAGAGUUCAAAAUGCUACAGGAGCAAGUGGGGACCAUGUACAGCUAUGUGAGAACGGCCCCCGAAUGUGAGGAAUAUGAGUCCGGGGUUGCCCAAUGUUCUGAUUUUUCAAGAAAAUCGAUUUUAUUACAAAUAUACUAAUUGUUAAAUGUUGGAAACUAAGUUUUAAAGAAAUCAACCCCCUGUGGGCCCACAUAGUACACGUGUAGGCCAGCACAGGGCCUGCCUUACAGGGUGAAAUGGAUACAUGUCAGAGGACUCUGAUGGUCGGAGGCCAUGGUUAUAGGGAGGUUCCUGGAAUCUGACUCUGGAGCUGGCCCCCCUCUUCUGACACCCAUCCCCUGUGCCCUGCUCAGGGGGGAGAUGAGUUCUUCACCCUAGAAGUGAAGCAGUCUCUGAGCCUCCAUUUUGGGAGCCUUGGCUCUCAGGGUCCGAAGGGAAGGCCAAGACUGAGAGUUGGAGUCUGGGAGCCUGUGGAUGGCUGGGUCAGACCCCAUUACCCCUGUUACACUCCCCAGCCUGGAGAUGGAGGUGGGGAGGGGAGUCUAGAGGAAUCUCACAUUGGUCCAACAUAAUUUCAAGGUUUGGGGCACGGGGGGUGAGGGUAGGGCCUCAGGGUGUGGGGCAUGGAGCUGAGGGUAGGUUCCCAGGCCUGUUCACUAAGUUUGUUCUGAGGGAGACAGAACUCCAUGCCAGUCUUGGGGAGAGCCCAAGACUAUCCCCUGCUCACUGGCCUCAGGGCCUAAGGUGAAAUCCAGGAACGUCUCCAUGGAGACACCACAAGACCUCCAGAAGCCCUGUGUAUCGAAGAGGACCAUCGUGCCCCUCUCCCCAGGAGAGUGUCCUUCCUUCUGUGAGAACAGCUGCAGUGCCCUCUCUGAAACGUCAAAUGUCAGAACCUUCCAGAGAAUGUAUUUCCCCGUUCUGGCGUCCCUGCUUUGCUGGUUUCACAAGUGCAUGCCAGGCUCCUGGCCAGAGCUGGCAGGGGUUGGCCAACGACUCAGCUGUGCUUCCUACCUCUGAGAUAGAAAUGUCUGCGGAUGGCGGAGGCACCCGGGCUGCCCAGGACAAGGAGAGAGCCCGAGAGGUUCUGGGCCAUGGGCAUCCUUGUCCAGAAAUGCUUUCUGAGUCGGAGGAGAUGGUGCCUUUGGGAGCCACUCGGGAGUCACCGCACAUCAAGAUGGAGCCAGAAGAGCCACACCCCGAGGGGGCAUGGCAGGGGGAUGGGGCUCUGGGAACGCCAAGCUGGGUGUCCCUAAGCCAGGGCUCUAAGGAGAAGGCUCUCUUCCUGCCUAGUGGAGCCCUCCCCUCCCCCCAGAUCCCUGUGCUCGCUCGCGAGGGGCGGACCAGAGACCGCCAGAUGGCUGCGGCGCUGCUCACCGCCUGGUCCCAGAUGCCGGUGACUUUUGAGGAUGUGGCUCUGUACCUCUCCAGGGAGGAGUGGAGUCGGCUGGACCACGCCCAGCAAAGCUUCUACAGGGACGUCCUGCAGAAGAGGAACGGACUGUCCCUGGGAUUUCCCUUCAGCAGACCUCUCUGGGGCUCCCAGGGACAGGGCAAGGGUGAGGCAUCGAGCUCGAGCCAGCAGAUGGGAGAUGACAAGGAGAAGGCAGGAGCCAUUGAGGCGGGCAAGGAGGAGCCGACCCCAUCCCUGGCAGCCCUGGGGGAUGUGAAGGCUUCCAGAAGCAGGGUGGGGAGAGCCUCGGGGGACGUCCAGCCAUGCGGGCAGCAAACCGGCAGUGGCCAAAGCUCAGGACCGGCCAGAGACGGUGGGCAGCCGGGUCGCCUGCAGGAGAUGCCGGCAAAACCGGCGCCACCCAACGCCAGCCUCACAGAGAAAGCCAGAGAGGGGCGGGUGGGGCCCCCCGAGAGCAGCGAGGAGGGCCUGGUCCCCGACGGUGACGCCGGCAAGAAGACGUACAAGUGUGAGCAGUGCGGCAAGGCCUUUAGCUGGCACUCGCACCUCGUGACCCACCGGCGCACGCACACGGGUGAGAAGCCCUAUACCUGCACGGACUGUGGCAAGCGCUUCGGCCGCAGCUCACACCUCAUCCAGCACCAGAUCAUCCACACAGGCGAGAAGCCCUACACCUGCCCCUCCUGCUGGAAGAGCUUCAGCCACCACUCGACGCUGAUCCAGCACCAGCGCAUCCACACGGGUGAGAAGCCCUACGUGUGCGACCGUUGCGCCAAGCGCUUCACCCGCCGCUCGGACCUGGUCACCCACCAGGGCACGCACACAGGCGCCAAGCCCCACAAGUGCCCCGUCUGCAGCAAGUGCUUCACGCAGAGCUCGGCCCUGGUCACCCACCAGCGCACGCACACCGGGGUCAAGCCCUACCCAUGCCCCGAGUGCGGCAAGUGCUUCAGCCAGCGCUCCAACCUCAUCGCGCACAACCGCACGCACACGGGCGAGAAGCCCUACCACUGCCUCGACUGUGGCAAGAGCUUCAGCCACAGCUCCCACCUCACUGCCCACCAGCGCACCCACCGCGGCGUCCGGCCCUACUCCUGCCCCCUCUGUGGCAAGAGCUUCAGCCGCCGCUCCAACCUGCACCGGCACGAGAAGAUCCACACGACGGGCCCCAAGGCCCUGGCCAUGCUGAUGCUGGGGGCGGCGGGGGCUCUGGCUGCACCCCCGCCUGCUCCCACUUAGGAGGCAGAGGGGGGAGGGGAAUGCGCGAGGGCAGCGUGAGAGGGGUUGUGGGAAGGGAGUGGGGGGUGCUGGCAUGGGGCGGGGCAUGGCAACACAGGAGCUAGGGCGAGGCGCAGGCACGCUGGCUACGAAUUAAAGGCCUUGGAAUUCCACCCA